CAAAAGAAGUCUUUUUCUUUAUUCCAAGCUUUGAUGAACACUUGAAAGAGUCUGUAAGGCACAAAACAGCUGCUGUUUGUUUCUCCCCCAUUGUUGCUGACGUGUUAUGCUCUCCAGGCAUCUUAACAUUAAGCUUCUUUGACAUUGCUGCUUGUCUCGCUGUUUUCGGGUGGAUGACUUCACAAUUUCAAUACUCGAAACAAUUAAAGAAAUUGCACAGUAUCCAUCUGCAAGCCGCCAGAUGUUGUGAACAGCUACACGUGUUUUAGAUUGUACUCAUUUGGGGAAACAUAAAAAGUUGUAUGUGCUUUUUUUCUGGCUUUAUGGACUUUUUAUUAUCAAUCUUCAGAGUAAGAGCUACAUAUAUUGUCAAACUGAACACUAGGUGGCACCAUUUCGACUUUAUUGGCUCUUGAUGUAAAAGACUGUCCACUCAAGAUGAAAAUAAUCACUAUAGGUAUUAAAUUAAAUGUGUGUAAUUAUUAGAAGUAAGUAGAUGCUGUUAAUUGUGUCAUCCCACAUGUUUUCUGUACACGUUCUCCAUGUUUUUGCAAAAAUAAAGGCUUAUUUCCAUACUAUAUCCCACGCUUGUGUCAUUUUUCAUUGUAAUGUAUGCGCAUCUCCUGGCCACAUUACCCGCCUCAGGUACGGUGUCCCAAUUGCAUCCCAUAACACACACUGCUAUUCAUCUAACACGACGACAGCUCGUGCACCGCAUCACUCCCCUCCUAUCUCCACUCCUGCAUCCACACACUGCCAGCUCUCAUCACUACUAUCACACUGGAGAGGAGAUCUAGGGGCAGGUUUACGCUGUGUGACGCGCGCUUUUGGAGAGGGAGCGCGCACUUGUAUUCAUCUGUGCAGCGAGGUGAGAGUCAGUGGCGUCAGUGAAGAGGGACUCAAGUUAUCAGAGCACAUUUCUGAGCGGCGGGACACAAACAAAUCAUGAGGAUCCUGGAGCAGCAGCUUCUUCUCCUCAGUGCAAACCCGGGAUGCUCGUGUAACUUUUAAUGUAUUGAAGUUUCGUGCUUUCUGUCUUAUUUCUAUUCGCGUUUAAGUGCCUGCCAUGGCUGCUCCAUCAGUGCACAGUGCGCUCUUUCUGUGCGCCUUCCUCCAGCUGUUCCCCCUGCCCGGAGGACAGGUGCCGAGCUGCCAGGAGGUGCGCACCGUGUUCCAGUCUCUGCAUCCGAGCUCCAAAUGGGUCCCAGAAACGCCGGUGUCCGGUGCUGAUCUGCAGGUCUGCCAAACCAAAGGCCCGACAUGCUGUUCCAAGAAAAUGGAGGAGCGGUAUCAGGUAGCCGCACGCAGCAACAUGGAGUCCGGUCUGCAGGUUGUCAGCGCUCAACUCAAGCGUAUCAUCAUCCAAAACGCUGCCAUAUUUCAAGAGGCCUUCGACCUGGUGCUGCGACACGGCCGUAACUUCACCCUGGCCAUGCUGAAGUCGGAGUUCCCGGGCCUCGGGAGUGGAGCCCAGAGCUUCGUGGGGCAGCUCUUCCUGGACAUGUCGCUGUACAUCCUGGGCUCAGACUCCUCAGUGGACCACAUGGUGGCUGUGCUCUAUGGGCGCCUCUUCCCCCUGGCUUACCGGCGCCUGCUUGGCGGCACUGUUUCCUCUGCAUCUGAGGAGUGUGUGAGAGGGGCCUGGAAGGAGACCGCAGCAUUUGGCCCCUAUCCAAAACUGAUGAUGACCCGUCUGUCCCGCUCCCUCCUGGCCACUCGGGUCUUCCUGCAGGCGCUGAACCUUGGCAUAGAGGUUGUGAACACCACGGACCACCUGCGUCCCGGGAGGGACUGCAGCCGGGCCCUGCUGAGGCUGUGGUACUGCCCGCACUGCCAGGGCCUGCUGGGGCCGCCAGCCUGCAGGGGCUUCUGUCAGGCCGUGAUGCAGGGCUGCCUGGGGGGAGCGGCUGAGGUGCAGCCCCACUGGAAGAGCUACGUAGACGGGCUGGGGAAGCUGGCUGGCGGAAUGAGGGGAGAGCAGGACAUCGAGGCUGUUGUUCUUAGACUGCCUUCAAUUAUCAAACUGGCUCUCAAACACGCUGUGAACGCCCGCAGCCGCCUCACUACCGCGGUGAGCGGGAUGUGUGGAACCACUCCUCAGCGGACCUCUCGCUCAGUGUCAUCCCCCCCUCCCCAGCUUCCUGCCUCCUCUGCAGCCCGCAACACGCAGCCCUCGUCCCAGGACUCUGAUGAGACUUUGGCAGGCCUCCGCAGGGAGUUCAUAUCUGACUUGAAGGGCUUCAGCUCGUUCUACAGCGGGCUGGGGGAGGCCCUGUGCAGCCGCGAGCCCCCGCCAGCGAACCACUCCCUCUGCUGGAACGGCCAGGAGAUGACAGACAGGUUUUCUGGGCCUGGCUUGAAGAGGUCGCACCCCGGCUCUGAGUCCCGAAGCAACAAACCCCCUGAGCCAAUCAUCAGCCAGAUCAUAGACAAACUCAAACACAUCAACCAGCUGCUGCGGCUGGUGACGGUAUCCGAGAAGCGCUGGAGAGCCCGGUCGCGGGUUAGUGGAGGGGACGGGUGGAACGACGAGGGGGAAGAGGGAUUCGAGAGCGGUGACUGUGACGAUGAAGACGAGUGCACCGGGGUGUCAGGCCUGGGGCCGCCUCCGAGACGCAAGCGGUUACGCAUCUUUGCAGACCUCGCUGAUAAUCUGGCUAUGGAGGACUUCACCUUCCAGGAGCAGCUGCUGACCCCCGGCCUGGCCUCAGCCGGGGUCGGGGGGGCCUCCUCACCUGCGGCUCCGCUUUGGAGGGGCUCCCUGAUCCCCGCCUUCCCCGUGACGCUCCUCCUGCUCCUGCUCCAUCACCACUGACCAGUGCACUCACACCACCUCUUAGGAUUCAAUGCAAACUGUGGAACGGGAACUUUUUUAAAUUCUGGUUCCCAUUGUAAAGUCCAUCAAAGGAAGCAUGAUGCUGCAUUUUUAUUUAUUUAUUUUAACAAUUCAUUCCAAAUGUCCUCAACAAGCCUCAUAAAGCACACCACAUAAACCCAAGGCACUGUGUAAAUAACAAACUCACCCUCGGGUUCACUCCCACUACAGUUAUGACAACUUUUGGUCCCUCUUGUCUCAGCUCCUCAUUCAGAUUCGUCAUAGAGCUGCAAUUGAGGAGCUACUUUGGAGAAGAGACACACAACAGACUUUGAAAAAACACAAGCCCUAAUGGAAUAAGUAGGGAAGAAGAAGAACACUUUGCUACUCUCUUCCAUGCUGGGGGGCUGUGAACUCUUUACUGAGCUUGAACCCUUAUUUAAUGCACUGUACCUUAAGAUGCUCUGUUUCUACUUAAAUCUCAAUGUGUCCUUGUAAUAGCUACAUUAUUUCAGACUGAUUUCCUCACACACUCUCACCUGUCAGUGUUUGCUUUGUUUUGCAACGCUGAUGAUUUUAUACAGUAACAGCACCAUAAUAAAAGUAACUCAACAUAAGAGCUUACAUCUCCCAAUCAGCCUGGUAACUGUACAGAUGUUUGUUUCUCUGUGUUGGUGCCAUGUUUACAACAAUGAUAUGUUCAUUUUAAAUGGUGGCAUAUUUGACAAGAAUGUGUAGUUUGUGGACUGGACUGUGACGCACUGCUGCACAUUUCUAGCUUAUUCUUUAGCAUUGUGGGUAAAGCGAGGAAUAAUGUGAAAUAUAAAUAUGUGUAAAUUAAUUUUGUAAUACUGUCAUUGAGCUCAUACAUUCAAAACAUUUGGAAAUUGUGUUUAAUGAUUUAUUCUUCCAUGUUUUGUUGCAACCAAAAGUCCUUAUCUUGAUUUUGUAUUUGUUUUAUAUGAUGAUGAUGUUGCAAAAAGGCACACAAUAAAAAUGUAAAUGUAUCCUAAACAUUCUCAUAUGACUUGAGUAAGCAGACAUGUGAGUCAUGCUACAUCCUUAGCACAUAGCACAGCUGUAACUACAGUAGGGCUGGACAAAUAAUUGGCAUAUUAUCAAAAACAAAUAUUAAUAACAGAAUCCAAGAAAAAAGGCAAAAUAUGUGUCCAUUCUGAAUGAAGUAUUGUGUGCUCCAGAAAUGUGAAAAUCGCUGCAAAAAAUGAUCAUCCCAUUCAGUAUUUCGAAACAUAUUAAAAUGGCAUUUCCUGUUGAAAUAAAUGCAACUCCAUGGUUGAGGUCAAAUAGUCUGUUUUGCUUAGGAACCUUCCUGUCACUAUCAUAGGUCACUACCAUAGGUCACUACCCGAUCUGCCCCCCUGCCCGAUCUGCACUGCGCAUGUGCGAGAUGGUCCGCCAUAUUGGACAACUCCAUACGGCAACUCUAAUAGGACACUUGACACAGUGGCGUUUGGCAAAGCAGAAAAAGAACACCGAGAGAUGAGUUAUUGUUAUUACAACGUGACUUCACUAAUAUUUAACAACUCUUUUUAUUGGGUUCUUUUAUUUGGGGUUACGUACAUUGUCAGAAUAAGUGAGAAAUGGAUUUAACUUCUGUUCUGCCAUACAUGAUAGCUGUCUAACAGAAGUUAAAUCCAUUUCAUAAAGCAUAAAACGACAGCAUCAGAGCACGGUGCAGAGUCUCUAGAUGAGUUUACAGUAGUCCCUCGUUCUUAUCAAACAUCCAUGUUGUAGUCCGCUGUAUAGAAAACUGUAGUUUCCAUAGUUUCCCCACAGCAGCAGACGCACAUUCAGGAUGUCCGCUGGCGCAUGUGUUACUGAUAACACUAACGACGGCUCUGUUCCAUUCAGGUGCGUCAGAGAGCAUGCAGAGUACCAGGUACACAUGAACUGAAUGCAGCCCUAAUGAACGUGAUUAGUCACACCUGUGUUUGUCACCAGAGACGGCUGCCAUGAACCGACCUGUGAUUACCGUUGGAUCAAAAUGAAUGCCCAGUAAUAUGUUGUUUUUAUUUUUUUCAGUUAAAUGAUGAUGGGGAUUAUUAUACAUUGUAUGGGGAAGUACAAUGUAUAAUAAACUAAACUUGUUUUUGGUUUUGUGUUUUUUUGUUGUGUCUGCAUAAGUUUUUCUUUAUUGAUGUGUCUAGUAAGAGCCGUGUUGGGGCAUGGCGGCUUGGCUUGCAGGCCCAGAAUGUAAUUGAUGUGUGUACUGUUGUGUGUUGAUAUUUGACUUCAAUAGUCUAAACUACUCAUUAAAAUGAAUAUUGAUUGGCA